UUUAAACUCCUCUAUUUUCUCUCAGCCUCUGGUUUUGGCUUCAACAAACGCAGAGUUGCUGUCGUUUCGUUUUGUUCUUCUUAUUUAGAAGAGGUCAGGGGAAUUUGUUCUGCGUUUUGGACCUUCGUCUUGUCGUUUCCUGGAUCGGACUUUUCUCGCCAUGGGUGAAAACGAAGCUGCGGAGGAAGCGAAGGUGAUGGUUGAGGAGGAAGAGUGCGCUGAGAAAAUGGUGUACAUGUGGGGAUACCUUCCUGGAUCCUCGCUGGAAAAAUCUCCGAUACUGUCUCCGGUGCCGGUUCCUCUCUCCGAUCCUUCACUUGCAGGAGAUUCGUGGAAGGACGUUUGCGGUGGUGGUUGCGGAUUCGCCAUAGCCAUUUCAGAGAAAGGGAAGCUCAUAACGUGGGGUUCUUCGGAUGAUGAAAGCCAGAGCUACUUGACUUCUGGGAAGCAUGGGGAGAUUCCAGGGCCUUUUCAGCUUCCCACCGAGGCUUCAGUGGUGAAGGCUGCUGCUGGUUGGGCUCACUGUGCUACAGUCACUGACAUAGGUGAAGUGUACGCCUGGGGCUGGAAAGAAUGUGUGCCUUCUGGGAAAGUCAUUACUGAUUUCAUCACUAUGGGAAGCCUUCAAAAAGAUGCCACUGGGAAACAAAGUUCAUUAAUAGCCGAGCAAGGAAGCCCUCAGAGCUCCAAUACAAGCAGUGGAUCAGAUUCUCAUCAUGACAAGAAAUCAGGAGAUGAAGUUGUAAAGCGAAGGAAGAUCUCCUUCACUAGACAGGACUCUGACAGUCAAGCAUCUGGAGAUGAAUUCUUUACUGUCUCUCCUUCUCUUGUGACCCUUGGUAAUGAAGUGAAAAUUACUUCUGUAGCAGUUGGUGGGCGGCAUACCUUGGCACUGUCAGAUGUGGGACAGGUCUGGGGUUGGGGCUAUGGAGGUGAAGGACAGCUAGGAUUGGGUUCUCGAGUAAAGAUGGUGUCAUCCCCUCAUCUUGUACCUUGUAUUGAAUCUGCAUCUGGGAAGGAUAAAUCAUCGGCUUUUCAUCAAGGAAGUGGUACUGGAGCUCAAGGGUCAAAUAUUCUUGGAAGCUUUGUGAUGGAGAUUGCUUGUGGAGGCCGGCAUAGUGUUGUGAUAACGAAUACUGGAGCCCUUCUUACUUUUGGCUGGGGUCUGUAUGGCCAGUGUGGACAAGGGAAUAAUGCUGAUCAGCUGAGACCAACUCUAGUUCCUUCAUUUUUGGGAACCAGAGUAAAAACAAUUGCUGCUGGGCUUUGGCAUACAUUGUGUGUUACUAUAAAUGGUCAACUUUAUGCAUUUGGUGGGAAUCAGUUUGGACAGUUGGGUACCGGUAGUGACCAGCCUGAGACUUCACCUAGACAGUUGGAUGCUUCCCGUUUUGAGAAUAGGAAUUCUAGCAUUGUUUCUUGUGGGGCUCGUCACAGUGCUGUGCUGACAGCUGAUGGUCACCUAUUCACUUGGGGAUGGAACAAAUAUGGUCAGCUUGGUUUGGGAGAUUCUGCUGACAGAAACAUUCCUGGUCAAGUUUCUAUUGCUGGUUGCCGACCAAGAAAUGUUGCCUGUGGCUGGUGGCAUACACUGCUGCUGGUCGAUAAAACCGAUUAACUUCAUUUGUCCAUUAGCAACAUGGUGGUCGUACAGUUUUGAUAGGUUACUGACCAGUCCUUGUUUCAUUAGUGGAAAGUAGAUUUGUUCAAAAAUCACCCAAGCCAGUUGGGUUGCUGUGUUCAUCCUUCUUUUCAUUCCCCCUAUCAAUGUGAAUCUAAAACUUUUUAUUGUUGGAUCCUUAAUGCUAACAUUAUUGGUGUACUCGUUUCAGCUAAUUCUUUUUUUACUUAA